AAAGCAUCUUUUCACGAUUAGUUUACUACUCUCUGCCUCGAAUAUAUAAAUAAAUAAAUAAAUAUAUAACGCCAUGACUGAAGUUGACUGCAAAACCUACAGCGACGACGUGUGUUUCGGGAAGGAUGCGCCUUCGAUCGAUUUGUUAGAGCCGAUCAAAGGUGAUAAAGUUUCCAUCGCCGGAAAUGAGGUCUGCGUGCUGUACUUCUUCAACACCUUCUAUCGUGGUGCGGAUAUCUGCAAUAACGAGUUCACCCAAUUUUCGGAGAAGUUUGCGGAUAAAGCGACGAUCAUUGCCAUCAGCACCGAUGCCGACAGGGCCAAAACGGAGAAAUACCUUGGAAAGGAUAUCGUUGAUGAGAACACCAAGAAGCCUCUGCGCCUGGAUCCACCCCACAUCGUUUUUGACAACCGUAAAGAGGUCAGCAAAGAGUUUGCCGGGGUCUCAGGCCUUUCGGUGAUGUCCUGUCCGAUGGGCUUUAUUGUCAAAGACAAGAAGAUUGUAUGGCGUCAGCAAUUUCUUCAGUCCUUUACAUUCAACCAGUCUAACUUUGAAGCGCAGUUCAAUCAUAUUCUUGCAGGGGAGAAGCUUGAAUCGAACGGACCACGUCCGAAGGUUGUGGUGGAGGAAGAAGAGGCGGAGGGUAUGGAUGGGGAUAUUUCACUUUUUUGAGCCAUAAAUAUUUCAAACUGAAAUGAAGAUGAGAAAUAUAGAUACUCUGUGGUAAAAUGUCCAUAAUAACAAGUAUCUUUAAAAAUCCCAUAAGAUAUUCUAUAAAAAUAAAGAAAUACCAAUAAAGAGUUUUCGAAAGAAAAUUAGUAGAGACCACCUGAGCUGAAACCAUAUUUCGAAUUAGGGCAUGCUGAUAAUAUCACAGGUGAAUUAUUAUAUUUGUCUCAUUUCUUAUAGAUAG